AUGGCCGCCAACACCAACACCACAUCCACUGGCACAAAGAGCAUCCUCGCCCUAGGCUCAGUCAGCAGCCUAGUAGAAUCCCUCUUCCCCGGCGGCACAAGCCUCCCGCCCGUCGCAUUCCUUCUCUACCUCACACCCUAUCUCUUCCAAGCCGUUGGCAGCGCCGCAAAGUCGCAGUUCAUCUCGAGUGUCGAGAUUAAAGCGCACGAUGAGAUCUUCAAUUAUGUCAUGAGCUGGGUUGCGAGGCAUAAGCUCUCGCGCAAUAACCAUCGCCUUCUUGCGUCGAGCACCCUCGAUCAUGAGCCCUUUUCGCUGAUCCCGUCGCCGAGUAAUCAGGGUGAUGGGGAUGAUGAUGUGGAUGAUGUUGAUCCGACUGCGAGUCUUGAUGAAUUGAGGUCCAAGAUCUCACUGUAUAAUGCGAGACCUUUGCAUUGGACACCCUCUGUGGGCACGCAUUUCUUUAUGCAUGACAAUCGCCUCAUCUCCUUCACAAGAUCUGUCGAAAGCCAGGAAUCGUCCCCCUUCUCACGACGCCCGGAGAAGAUUGAGCUUUCAUGCGUCGGUCGCAACGCCGAUGUGCUCAAGCGCAUUAUCUACAACGCGCGCAUCGAAUACCUCGAGAAACAACGAGGCCGCACAAGCAUCUAUCGAGCAGUCAAGUCAUUUGGAGACGAGCUCUCUUGGACAAAGUGUAUGUCCAAGCCAACACGGCCUAUGUCGACUAUUGCGCUCGACGAGGCCAUCAAGCAGAGCCUCAUCAAGGAUCUUUCGCGAUACUUGAACCCUCGCACUAAGAAUUGGUACGCCACGAGGGGUAUCCCCUACCGACGAGGCUACCUCUUCUCAGGCCCGCCAGGCACAGGAAAGACGAGUUUGACGCUUGCUGCUGCUGGGUUGAUGGGUCUCAAUAUCUAUAUGAUCAGUCUCAGCUCGCCUAACCUCUCGGAAGACAGCCUCGCAACGCUCUUCCGCGAUUUACCUAGGACCUGUCUUGUUUUGUUGGAGGAUAUCGAUGCAGCGGGCCUGACCAACAAGCGCAAGAAGCAGGAGGCCCAAGCAAACAACGGGCCACCGAAGCCUAUGCGUGAACCUAUCUCUUUGUCAGGCCUACUCAACGUUAUUGACGGUGUAGGCGCGCAGGAAGGUCGCGUCCUGGUGAUGACAUCUAAUCACACCGAAAACAUCGACCCAGCCUUGUUGCGCCCCGGAAGAGUCGACUUCUCCGUUGAGUUCGGCCUCGCUUCGUCUGAAACGAUCACCCAGCUGUUCAGACUAAUGUACGGAACCUCCCACGACGAGGUUGGGUCAAUUGAACAUGCUGCGACGACGGAACCUUCGGAGAAGUCAGUGGACACAACAAAGUCCGUAGCUGCGUUGGCGGAGGAAUUUACAAGGCUAGUUCCCUCGCUGGUGUUUAGUCCGGCGGCUAUCCAGGGGUAUCUACUCAUGCACGAGGAUCCGAUUGGGGCUGUUGAUGCUACCGGAAAGUGGGUUGAGGAGCAACAGAAGCUAAUGGAGAAGGCUAAGAAUGAUGUUGUUGCGGCUGAGAGUGAAGGAGACAAGAAGGAGAGCCUUGUGAAUGGUGCGGAGGAGACCAAGGGAGAGGAGAAGUAA